UCCGCAUCAGUAAAAAUUCCGAGAGUCCCAAUUAGGCGUUACAUUUCGGCUCCGGCAGUGGGAAAUGCCGAUUCGCAGUGAGACCUCCGGGAUUUCGCUGUGAUUGGUGUCGAGAUUAAGUCGCGUCUCUGGGUUCUUGGUGAAUUUUCGGAAGAUCAGUUUGCGUGCAGGGUGACAUAAUUUGUACAAGGAGGAUCCGUGCCGAUCUUAGUAAAAAUUGUGCCAGUGGUCCAGGCGAGCGAUGAUCAAUGGGACGUACCCGGAACUGGAGACGGAGGUGUCGUAAUUCCCCCGCCCGCCGGCUUAACUAAAGAUAGUCGCUGCCCCGUGCCCCCGAAACUAAAUUACCCCACAAUUGAUAAUUGAGCGGAAUUGAAUUGAAUCACAGCCGCCUAAGCAGAGGCACCCAAAUCUGGACAGCACAUGGGCACAGUGAGCCACCGACGGACCUGAGAGGCGGACAUAUCCCAUCCAGCUGCCGAUCUCCAACGUAGUUAGUCACCAUGUCGAGCAUCGAUGAGAUUCUGGGCGAGCUGCAGCGCUUCGCCUGGCCAGAUUAUGUGGCCUUUGUUUCAAUGUUCCUGCUCUGCAUCGGGAUUGGAAUUUACUUUGGGUUCAUGAACAAGUCCGUCUCCGAGGAUGAUUACAUGCUGGGCGGGCGCAAGAUGUUGGUCAUACCCAUCGCCUUCUCUCUGGUGGCCAGCUUUGUAUCCGGAAUCACACUGCUCGGGCUUCCCACGGAGGUGUACUCCUAUGGUGUCCAGUACCUCUACGUGGCCUGCGGAGUAAUCGGAAUGGGCGUGGUGAUGGGCGUGUUUUACCUACCCGUUUUCCACGACCUGAACAUCACCUCCACCUACGAGUAUCUGGAGGUUCGCUACGAUCGGAGGUUACGCCUGUACGGAUCCAUUAUGUUUGCCGUUAUGAAUGUGGCCUAUCUGCCCAUCGUGAUCUAUGUACCGGCGCUGGCCUUCAACCAGGUGACGGGGAUUGGGGUCCAUACGAUCACUCCGAUCGUGUGCAUCAUCUGCGUCUUCUACACGAGUCUUGGUGGCCUAAAGGCAGUGGUCUGGACGGACGUGGUCCAGGCGGUGUCCAUGCUGGGGGCACUGUUCCUAGUGGCAAUCAAGGGUACCCGUGAUAUUGGAGGACCCGGAGUGGUUCUGGAGCGGGCUUGGAACUCGGAUCGUCUAGAAGCACCGGAUCUCAGUUUCGAUCCAACAGUGCGCCACACGUUUUGGUGUCUAUUUUUUGGAGGCAUCGUCUACUGGACGCAGACAAACGCCGUUUCCCAGAAUAUGAUCCAGCGGUAUCUGUCGCUUCCGACCCUCGGUGAUGCUCGAAAAGCGCUCUGCAUCUUCUGUGUCGGCGUGCUCAUCCUAAUGGCGCUCUGUGGCUACAAUGGACUACUUAUCUACGCCACCUACCAAAACUGUGAUCCCCUAACGACCAAGCUGGCCAAGGCUCGAGAUCAACUCCUGCCACUCUUUGUGAUGGAGACCCUGGGCGAACUGCCUGGCAUGACCGGACUCUUCAUCGCCGGUGUCUUUAGUGCCGCCCUGAGUUCCCUAUCCACCUGCCUUAACUCCAUGUCCGCCGUGGUGCUGGAGGACUUCGUCAAGCCUUACGUGAAGCAGCCUCUCUCCAGCUCGGCGACGAAUUGGAUCAUGCGCUUGGUGGUCGUCGGGGUGGGAGCCCUCUGUGUGUGCCUGGUCUACGUGGUGGAGCACAUGGGCACCGUCCUCCAGUUGACCAUGAGCCUGGAGGCGAUCACAAACGGUCCACUUUUCGGCAUCUUCACUAUGGGUGUUUUUCUACCCUGGAUCAAUGGAAACAGCGCUUUACUCGGCGGAAUUAUGGGUGUGAUAGCCAUGUCCUGGGUGAGUUUGAAUGCUCAGUGGGCAAUCGCUUCUGGAGCCAUUAGUUACCAUACGAAACCACUGAAUGUGGAACAGUGCGACUACAGCUUUAACGUAACCACCAGUCUGGCCAACACAACUCACCUGGUUGCAACUACACAGGAUGUCUUUCCGCUUUACCGAAUCUCUUAUAUGUGGUACACGACCUUUGGAGCCUCCAUCACCAUUAUCGUAGCGCUGCUCGGCACCCUGGUGUUUGGCAAAAAUAAUCCCAACAAGGUGGAUCCAGUGCUGCUCACUCCCUGCAUACGAAAGUUUUUUACCUUUGGCUCCGAAAAGCCCAUGGAUGCGUACAAGCCCGACAUUCCACUUCAGCACAAGCUCCGCCCCGACGAGGUGGCUUUAUGAUCAUCCAAAUUCGAACCCAACGCCUAAUUCUAAAGCUUGGUAAAUGUUUUCAUUUUAACCUAAACAAUUUAGAUCCCUACUGCAUUAUUUAAAUAAAAUAUUACAUUUUUUUAGUG